CGACCCUUAUUUGUAUACAUCCAGAGCAGGUAUUUUCCUAUAAAUAGUGACAAAUUUAGACAUUGAAUAAGUGAGAAAAAUUAUUAACUGAGUCUAUGCCAAUGCACUUAUUGAUCGAAUGUACUGUACUUUAUGCGUAUUGGUAUUUUUAUGAGUUAUCACCUUCGAGGUACUGACAGAACUGAUAGUCCGUCUGAAAUUCGCACCGGCUUCCGUGAAAAUCGUUUGCAGCUAAAGCAAUGGCCGACCCAGCUCCACGCCAAAUGGUAUCAUGUCCAUACAACAAGUCACAUCAGUUGGAGCACUAUCGUAUGCACAUUCACCUGCAGAAGUGUAGGAAGCAACACCUAAAUUGCAACAAAGUUACGUGUCCCUUCGACUCGACACAUGUCGUAAAUGACGUGGAGCUAGACUAUCACGUGAGUGUCUGCCCCAAGCGAGAGAUGCUGGACAGCCAGAUAUAUGUUAUGGAUAACGAUUACCGCCCAGCCGUGGACGUGCAGCCUCAGCCAGUGGUCUCGUAUGAGGAGAACUGGGAUGAUUUCAAUACAACAUCAUACAUACCGGACCCAGCUAAGAAAGGAUCACAUAUUAUAACUAAGAUCAAAGGUGCAACGCCGUCCGAGAGGCGAAAGGCAAGGAUGCAGGGUAUUGCUAAUUUCAAACCUCUAGAAUAAGCAUACCAAGCAUAUUACAACAUCGAUUUAAAAAAAAAAAAACAUCUAAAUACCAUUUUGUUAAAAAAAAAACAUUUUGUAUCUGUUGUUCGUGUCAAUGUAAAUAAUACUAUCAAUAGAUAAAUAUGAACAGUGACGUUUAUUAUUUAAGGGAAUAAAUUUAAUUUCUUAGUGUUUCUUUUUUUUUUAAAUAUUUUGACAGAAGUAAUAUGUAAAAAGGCCCUAUAUAGUCCUUUCUUUAUGGUUGUUAUCAUAUUAUUACAUAUAAUGUUUAUGUAUAUGUAAAGUACCAAAGUAACAGUCCGUUUAUGUUCCACUAUUAGGCAAAUGUCUCUUAUGGUAAAUUUGAGGUUACUACAUCGAGCUGUGCAGGUUUCCUUACGGUUUUUUUUUCAGUUAUUUGUUCAAAAUGAAUUCUGUGGCUCGGUACUUAAAGAGCUAAAUUCAAUAGUCCUUAAUUUUGAUAUGGAUAGAAACAUUGAAUUCAAAUAUUGGUAUCACUGAAAUCAGUGCUACCAAUAAAAAAAUAUAUAUUUUUUGUUUGUUUGUAUAAUAAUUUGGUUUGGCCCUUAUUUAUUUAGAUUUUGUUGAUUUCUGUUACUGUUCAUAACGAUAUUAUAUAAGCAAUGAUAUAUAUUUCAUAUAAAUCAUUGCUUAUUUACAAUUUGUACGAAUCAACUGACUUGUAACGGUACUAAAAAUAUAAUAUUUUCUGGAGAUUAGCUUUUAAUUAAACACUAGUAUCAAAAUUGGAUAAUUACUUAACUGUUCUGUACUUCUCUAUUAUAUAUAUACAUAGUUUACAAUUAUAUUGAGUUGAAUUCAAUUCAGACGAUUUACUAGCAAGUUCCUUUUUUAAAAAUAAGCGUUUUUAAGUACAUAAGGAAGAGGUGGUGCAUUCCAGAAUAUUCUUAGCAUAUUCUAUAUUUAAAGUUGUAUUCAAGAUUACAAUGGAUAGGAUCUGAGUUUUGUAACAUUAUCGUUUAAGGACUAAUUUUGACGUUCAUUAAGAGUGGUGUGCUAGUCUCUAAACUUCUAUCCCUACAGAGUAGAGCAUAGAUUUAAUGUGAUAUCCGUAUUUCGUACAUUACGCUUAAGUUAACGACAAAACAUUGUGAACCAGCUCAAGAAUGUUGCCAGUGUAAAAAAAUUUAAUUUAAGUUGUAAUAAAAAUUUUAUUGUUCUUUAAGUAUGUUUUUAAUCUAAUUUUAACGUAAUUAUGUUAGUAGUUCUUCAAUUAUUCUUCAAUACGUCACGUUAUUUUCUUGACAAAUCUGUAUAAACAUAUGACUACGCGUGGCGUAUGUUUUUAGAAUACUUUUUUUUAACAAUUGUGAAGAAAAACAAUCAAAUUUAGAAUGAAACUAUUUGAAAUGUGCGUGUGAUAAGAAACCGGGGUGCUAGUUAAGAAUACAAGGAAUGUCGACUGUAGACUUUAAGCUUUUGCUAUUUUUAUAUUACUUUUUUUUUUAAUUUGUCUCAAGUUUUGACAUAAUUCAAUGUAUCCUUAUAACAACGAACUGGCUGUUUGCGAUGGUCUAUAUCCAACUGCAAAAAGACAAACGCAAAUAAAAAUAUUUGACAGCGAAUUCACGCGAUAUCAUUGG